GCAGUUCGGUACGGCAUUUUUGGUUAUUUUAAAGCAGAAUUACAAAAUAAUUGACAACAAUGGAUAAAGAACAAUUUGAUAAUUUUCUUGGUGGUUCUCAAGAACUGCCACAUGAAGCGAAUAUUUUGAAAAUUGCAGCCGCAAGAGCCAGUGAAAUUAAGGCAAUGAAUCAGUCUCUCGUUACAGAAAAUCCCAAGCAAAACAAGUUAAUUUUCCAAAAACUACCUCGCCACAUGCGCCGUAGAAUAAUGUCCCACAACGUGAAACGAAUGCCCCGUCGAUUGCGAGAAUCCCACCACAAUCAGAUGUCAAAAUCGGGAUUGCCACAGGGAAACAAGAAAGUUCCGUCGCGAAAAUACCGCAGACGACCGCGAAAUCUCCUCCUAGAAUACAAUCGUCGAAAACGCGAGAAAUUCUGGCUCGAGACUCACAUUUGGCACGCAAAGCGAUUCAAAAUGACCGAAAAGUGGGGCUUCAAAUUAGCCGAGCAUCCAAACGACAAAUGCUUCAAAGCAAAUUACCGAGCAGUCGCCGCACAUUCUUUAAUCCAGGACAUUUCCUAUUUCACCUGUCUAGAAAUUUCCGGUCCUCUCGACACUUUGAUUUCUGCCCUCGCAAAACAUUCCGAUCCCUCCUUCGAUUUUCGAAACGAAUCUCUCAUCAACGGGGCAAAAGAGGGCGCAAUUAUGUUUUACAGAAAGGGAGGAUUUCCGGAAUUUCCCUUAGGAAAUGUUAAUUUUAUCUGGAGGCCUAGAAUUUCUGAUGAAAGAACUGGCUCUGAUCCAAAUGAAAUUUCGGACUCUAAUAAAACGAUCUGGCUCUGGAUUCACCCUGGAUCUUACCAAGAAAUUUUCCACGAGCUCAUUUCCAAUUUCGAGUUUGAAUUCAAGUCCGAAUCGGAGGAGAUUUUUGAGAACGAGGAGUAUACGGAUCUGGAAAAAAUGCCCUCGGCUUUCAAAAUCCUCCAGGUAAUCAAAACUCCGGUUUAUAAAAACGAGAAAUGCGAGAUGAUUGUUUUGAGGAAUUCCCUAAAUCGGUUUCGAAUUUCGGGACCUUUGUCACUCUCCGUUCUGACCGAGGCUCUGAAACUCACGAAAAUAAAAACCGAUCAGAUCAAAGUGGACGCUAAAAGUGAAUCUGAAAAUCAAGAAGUAGAAAUAAUCGAGAAGAGUGGAGAAAAAAUGGAUACAGAUGAAGAAAUUCUUUCUUGGGACCAAGUUUUCUACUCGAAAAAGGAAAAUCUAGAUGCUUUUCAAGUUCAGAAGAGUCUUUUUGAGAAAUUGAAGAGUCUCAAAUCGCCGGAUCAAGUUCCUGCUAAUUCGGUCAUUGCUUUGACGGUUUUGGAUCCAAGAUUUAAUUUUCCGGAAAAAAGAACAAAGGCGGGGAAAAAUGCGGCUGAAGAUAAGGAAGAUGAGGAAAUGGAUUUGAAUGUGGAGGAGAAUUUGGUGCCGGGUUUAGCGAAUCAAAGUGGAAUUUGGGAAUUGGGAGUGAGAGAUGAUGUUACGAAGAAUUUGAUGGCGACGAGCCAGAUUCAUAAAAUGAGGAGGGAAGUUUUGGUUCCCGGGAUGGAGAACGAUGGGUGGUUUGACGAGGAGAAAAUGCACAAGAUUCCGAUUAUUUUGGUACAGAAACCCGAGAUUCGCAGACCUGGAGGCGCCACUCAAAGACGAAGAGGUUUCGCAUCCGGUUUUGACAUCAUCAUCCCCGCCGGUUGGUCCCUGCCUUUCUGGCUCUCCUUCAUUUUCCGUUGCGUGAGACCCGGAGGCCUCAGAGAAUCCAGAUCCAUAAUUUUCGAGUCCCUCAACAUGUCCUCGCCAGAUCUCUUCCAUCCCGGAACUCCCGCCUACAAACGCGAGUCCCUCCACAGAAAGCAAAAACUGAAAGAAACCUACUUCAGACAUCCUCCAAAUCGUCGAGUGAAUUACCUCAAAUUCGGAAUCACAUCACCCUUCUCCUGUGAAUGGGAAAUCCUCAGAAAAGAGUGGCAAGCCGAGGGCGAAUUUUUCACUCUCCGUGAAAAAAACGUUCUGCAAAGUCUCGACGAGAAUCUCACCCAGCGACGAAGAGGUCGGAAAUUUCAAAAAGCAAAAACUGUCCAAAUCGAGCCGCUGAACAUUGAAUCAGAGAAGAGAAAUAAUUGCCUGGUACCGGUUAAAGUGACAGUCGAGAGGAAAGGAGUGGCCGAAGAUUUUGCCAUCAUUUGUCUCCCGACUGACGAGGACCUGGACAAUUUCAGGAAGAGGAAAAAAUGGUCGGGACCAGUCGAAACUCCCAAGUCGGACCCGUUCGAGAAGGAGAGAACGAAUUCGAGGAGGAGGCAUUUGGAACUUUUGAAGAGAUUGAGGAAGCAGAGAGUGCGAAGGAAGAAGAAAUUGGAGAGUGCGGAAAAUGAGAUUGAGAUUUUGAAUUUGAGGAAAUUGAUCGAUGAGAAAUUGAGGGAUACGAAUAAGAAAAUUGUUGAGGACCAGGCGAGGAGAAUGGAGGAACUGUCGCUUCCGGAAUGUAAGCGGGUUCGAUUUUCCUGUGAUCGAGAGAUUAUGGGAUUUGUGGAACAGGGGGGAUUUUGUCUCUCGGAGGCGAAGGGAGUUGGGAGGGGUUACGUUGUUUUCGAGGCUUUGAAAGGUUUGAUUAGUAAAAAAAGAGAUCUUGUGUUGAUUAGAAAUACUCAGUCGAGGCAAUACAGGUUUGCGAGUCUCGAAGUUCUUGUCACUUGAUUACUUUUUUUUUUUUUUAGUUUUUUUUUUAGU